CGAUAUUGCCAACAGCCAUUGUCAGCAGUCAGCAGCAGCACCCACCAGCGAAUAGUUCUGGAAUGGUUGUGUGCGUCACUUUGUAAUGUGUUUUACUGCUUAUAUCUUUCCUGUGUAGGCUAUAUACACCCUCAUUAAUAUUUUAGCUGUUAUAAAAUAUAAUAUUGCACGAUGUCUGACGACUUACCCGCAGACCACGAUGUCAUCGUAGUUGGGACAGGGAUGCCUGAAUCUAUCGUUGCGGCAGCAGUGGCAAGAAUAGGACAGAGAGUUCUCCACUUGGACAAAGAAGCGCACUAUGGAGGUUUAUGGGCCAGCUACAACUUUGAAAACCUGAGAGAAUGGGUCUUUGAAAGACAAAAUCCAGUGCAGCAGGGAGAGAACCUGAAUGCAGCUGACACUGAAGCAUUGCUAAAGCCUGGUGAAACAUUUGUUCAGGUUCCUGAGCACUAUGCAUCCGUCACAAAUGCGAAGGAGAUCAUUAACAUGCCACAGGUACAGCCUGAGGCACAGGAGGAAGAAUCUGAACCACAUGCAGUGCUGGAGCCUACAGAAUUCAGUUUGGAUACAACCGGUGAACACCCAUUUCUUGUACCACCUGCAUCCAUGAAUAGCCAGGCAGAUAGUGCAAGCUCCUCUGUUGGAGAUCUUCUGCCUACUUCCAGCUCCAGUGAGACUGGAAUUUUUCCAGCUGCUGUUCCUCAAGAACACAGGCUGCCUGACACCAGUGGCACAGCAAUGACAACUUCGAAUGCAAACCACAGUGGCGACAGUGAACCAGUGCAAAAUGCUCACCAACAAACCACGGAAGUGCAAAUGCCUUGCCCAACAACUUCAGCUUCUAUGGGCGAGAACAACGUAUCUAGUCAAACAUCAGAUAGCCAAACAGAAAGUCAGAAUGUGGCUGGAGUAUGUCCUUGUCCCAACUUUAUAGCAGGGGAGACUUCAGAAACCCAGCCAAGUUCCACUGAUGAGGUACUCCACGAAGCUGCUACAACUGAAGAUGCAAGUGCCAGUGAAACAAGCUCCCUUGAUGCACUUCACGGCAGUGUUCCUCGACCUGAAGACAUUACAGAGAAUUCUCAGGAGACACGUGAAGGAGCUGCAGAAAUUGGGAGUGCUCCUUCAAGAUCCUCUGUCCCUGCUCAAAAACACGAAGCGCACAAAGAGUGGUCAUUUGACCAGUUCAUGCAGCUUACGAGGAAAUUCAACCUUGACUUGGCUCCCAAGUUGCUGUUCAGCAGAGGACCAAUGGUGGAACUACUCAUCUCCUCCAAUAUAGCUCGCUAUGCAGAGUUCAGAGCUCUUACCAGGAUCCUGACACAUCAUGAUGGAAUGCUGCACCAGGUUCCUUGCUCACGAGCUGAUGUUUUCGGAUGCAAACAGGUCCAAUUGGUAGAAAAACGAAUGCUCAUGAAAUUCUUAAAGUUCUGUCUUGAGUACCACAAGCACCCAGAAGAGUACAGAGGGUACGAGGGGAGGCCCUUCAAAGAGUUUCUGCAGUCUAAGCAGUUGACAUCGACUGUCGAGCACUACAUUCUUCACGCCAUAGCCAUGUGUGAAGAAGAUAUCCCCACACUGCAGGGUCUCAAGGCAUCACAGAAGUUUUUGGAGUCUCUAGGAAGAUACGGAAACAGUCCGUUCCUGUCUUCAUUAUUUGGAAGUGGAGAACUUCCACAAUGCUUCUGCAGGUUAUGUGCCGUUUUCGGGGGCAUCUACCACCUUCAGCGAGGCCCUGGUGCUAUCAUACGUAAUGCUGCAGGGGAUUGUGUAGCAAUGGUCUCCAACGGUCGUCGCUUCAAUUUCAAAUGGCUAGUAAUGGAAUCAAGUUACGCACCUUCAGCCUUCAAAGCCACUGAAGGUGUGCAAAGUGUCUCCAGAGCAAUUGUGAUAACCAAUAAGUCACUUUACCCUGCAGAGAAAGAGCAGAUCACCCUCCUACGGCUACCAAAAGGCAGUGCGCCGUCUGCAGUUAUCGUCCAGGAGUUGGGACCUGGAAUGAUGGUGUGUCCCAGUGGACUUUUUGUGAUCCACUUGACGUGUCCCAGUGUGAGCAAAACGGCUGAAGAAGAUCUCAUGCCUGCUGUGGAACUUUUGUUUGCAAGUGCAUCUUGCAAAAGCGAAGAACAGAUCAAACCAAAGGCACUGUACACCUUGUUCUUCAAUUGUGAAGACACCACUGGUCAGCGUAUCAACCAGAAUGCGCCACCUGGCUUGAUUAUGGUUUCAACACCAGGGCCCCACUUGGACUAUGAGCACGCCGUUCAAGAGGCCAAAGACAUCUUUCACACCAUGUAUCCAAAUGAAGAAUUCCUGCCUCGAGCCCCUGACCCAGAAGAAAUCCUCAUCGAGUAUGAGAACAACCCAGGUGAUCAUGAGCCUCCCAUUGAAGCUGAAAGUGAGAAGGACCAAGAGAAGAAACACGAAGAGCCAGCAGAUAGAGGAGACUAUGCAAAAUCUUCGAGUUUGGAAGACAGUGCUGCAAAUAACAAUGCUUCUGGUGACUUUUCGUGACAUUCCCAGUUUGUAAAAAAAAAAGACUAAGCUAACGGACAUUUUUUUAAAAAUAAAGUUUAUUUUGUAACCGG